AUGGCAACUGUCAUAGAAAAAGUUCCAACUGUGAUAAACCGUCAAAGAGGAAUUCUCAAAGGAAGAGUUACAAGAAUUGAAAAUUUCCUAAAUACCGUUGAAUUGGAAGAAGCUGAAUUUCAACUGAGAGUGAAAUUAGAAGCCCUAAAAGAAAUUCUAAGAGAUUUGAAGACCCUUCAAACAGAGGUACUUGGGCUACCGGAUAACGUUGACAUAACGGAAAACCUUCAGGCAUUUGAAGAAAUUGAAAUUUCGAUUGAGAAUGCAGAGGCUUUAGCGGAUGAUGAAAAAUCGGAUUUUCCUAUCACUUCAGAUAUUUUGCGUAAUGACACAUACGUUGAAGACAUCUUAACAGGUGCAGCGUCUGUAGAUGCCGCAAAACAGUCAUUACUAUCAUUGCGUAAUCUUUUAAAGAGAGGAGGGUUCGAAUUACAUAAAAUUAUGUCCAACUCCACAAGAAUUAUGGAUGAUGAAGAAAAUGCUAAAUUAUCGUUCGACUUUUCUCAACCUGUGAAAACUUUGGGAAUGUUAUGGAGACGUGAUACCGAUAAUUUCACUUUUGCCAUCACGUAUGAAAUUAAGGACAUGUUCACCAAACGAGAAGUUUUAUCUACUAUCUCUAAACUCUUUGAUCCCCUUGGACUAGUAGGUCCAGUUCUCACCAAGGCGAAGCUUAUAAUGCAAAGUCUAUGGACACUGAAGUUGAACUGGGAUGAGUCGUUGCCGAAGGAUGUGAUGCAAGAAUGGACUUCGUUUCUCGCUCAGCUCCGGCAAGUUGAUCAAAUUAGUGUAAAACGACCAGUGAUUGCCGAUAACACCGAUGCGUUUGAAAUUCAUGCAUUUUCGGAUGCAUCUCAACGUGCAUAUGGAGUAGUAAUUUACUUGCGUUGUGUUGAUACAUCUGGAAAUUUCACAACUAGACUUUUGUGCAGCAAAUCUAGAAUAUGCCCUUUAAAGAUGUUAACCAUUCCCAGACUUGAACUUUGUGGAGCUCUGCUGCUGGCGCGAUUGGUGAAUAAGAUUUCUCUUAUUCUGGAGUUGCCAAUAUCAAAAACUUUUUGCUGGACGGAUUCUAGUAUUGUCUUAUGGUGGAUCAACACUCCCGUGACAAAUCUCAAGACUUACGUCGCCAAUCGGGUGGCGGAGAUUGUGACCUUAACCGGUAAUUGCAGUUGGCGGUGGUGUAGAAAGGAAGAAAGAAGUCAAUCUUUGGAUGACUUGCAAAGAGCUAGAGCCAUUCUUGUUAAUAAGGUGCAAGUAAGGCAUUUUGGGUCUGAACUUGCGGCCUUAAAGAAUGGAAAAGAAAUGUCCACUAACCCUGUAAAGAUCGCAAGCUUUUCGGUGGAGUAUGAAUUAUGUUUUCCACAUAAAACGAUUAAGCGCCGACGGAAAUAA